AUGGCUAGUCAGGGCGGUUCUUCUAGAAGAAGUCUGUCAUUGACGAACACAUCGUUGCAGGACAAGAAGAAAUCCUCUGACGGUAUUAACGGAGGCCCUGAAUCAGCCCGUAAAUCUUUUUCGGCUUCUCGUUCUAUGGGGCUAACUGGAGAGCGUACAGUAAAACGCCUGAGGCUAUCAAAGGCUCUGACAGUACCUGAAAAUACCAGUAUUCAAGAAGCGUGUCGUCGAAUGGCUGCUCGUAGAGUUGAUGCUUUGUUGUUAACUGACUCUAAUGCAUUGCUCUGUGGAAUACUUACGGACAAGGAUAUAGCAACAAGAGUAAUUUCUCGUGAGCUUAAUCUCGAGGAUACGCUUGUUUCUAAAGUUAUGACAAGGAACCCGAUAUUUGUUCUUUCUGACACUCUCGCUGUUGAAGCCCUUCAAAAAAUGGUGCAAGGAAAAUUCAGACAUUUGCCUGUUGUUGAGAAUGGAGAGGUCAUUGCUUUACUUGAUAUAGCAAAGUGCUUAUAUGAUGCUAUUGCUCGAAUGGAAAGGGCAGCUGAAAAGGGAAAGGCUAUUGCUGCUGCUGUGGAAGGUGUUGAAAAACAUUGGGGCACAUCUACUUCUGGUUCCAAUACAUUCGUUGAGACACUUCGGGAGCGGUUGUUUAGGCCAUCCUUGUCCACAAUUAUUCCGGAAAGUUCAAAGGUUUUAACAGUUUCGCCAACAGAUACUGUUUUGAUGACAACAAAGAAGAUGCAGGAGAUGCGAGUAAGCUCUGCUGUUGUGACAGUUGAUAACAAGCCACGAGGAAUUCUUACUUCAAAAGAUAUCUUGAUGCGGGUAAUAGCACAAAAUCUUUCUCCGAAGGCCACUCUUGUAGAGAAGGUCAUGACUCAAAAUCCAGAAUGUGCCACAGUUGAUACACCAAUUGUUGAUGCGCUGCAUACAAUGCAUGACGGAAAAUUUUUGCACCUUCCCGUAGUAGACAGAGAUGGAACUGUGGUUGCUGUUGUUGAUGUAAUUCAUAUCACUCAUGCUGCUGUAGCUACUGUCGGAAAUACUGCUGGAGUCAGCAAUGAGGCCGCAAGCUCUUUGAUGCAAAAGUUUUGGGAUUCUGCCAUGGCCUUGGGUCCACAUGAGGAAGAUGAGGAUUCUCGAAGUGAAGGGUCAUUGAAGUUGGCUUCUGACGGAGCAGAGACAGGGAGAUCGCUUCCCUUUCCAUCGGCAAAUUUUCCUAAUACGUUUGCUUUCAAACUUCAAGAUAAGAGGGGUCGAAUGCAUAGAUUUACUUGCAAUAUUCAGAGUUUGACAGAACUUAUAACCUCCAUUGUUCAGAGAAUGGGAGAUGACAUUGACCGCAACAACCUUCCUCAAAUUUUGUAUGAAGAUGAAGACCGUGAUAAAGUUAUCUUGGCAUCAGAUAAUGAUCUUGUAGCGGCUGUGGAACAUGCAAAGCAAGUUGGUUGGAAGGGUUUGAGACUGCAUUUGGAUUAUUCAGGAACACGCGGUCGCCGAAGGGGUUCAGCUGGAGGAAGUAUGGAUUAUGCUUAUGCAGAUUCUGCAUGGUCAUCAGCAUACAGUACCGUUGCAGCUGGGGCUGCUCUUGUUGCCGGAUUAGGCGUUUUAGCGUACUUGAAGAGAUCUGGCAACUGA